AGCACGGGCUCAGCCGCGAGAAAACGAUGACAGCUUUGUUCCCCGUAUAGCGGAUAAUGAGGUGUUGGAGGCAGAUAGCUCGGGAUUCGUGUGUGCAGCGCCUGCCCAGCUCACUGAGGAGCGGCAGCGCUGAGCGCCUUCCUCUCCUUCUGCAGCAUCUCAGUGGGGCUGUUGUCAGGGCGCAUAUGGCAAAAGGGUUAACGUUUAAUUAGAAAACAUAGUGGUAGCUAGUGCAGCUUAACAGAGCUUUAUAUAAGCCGCUAAGGACAAGGCUGCUGUGUGAGCUGCUGGUAGGGCUGAGCUACUGCAGCCGCUGGCUGGGCGUCAGGAGCCGGGGCAUGCCUGGGAAUCUGCCCAGGAAGCGCCGUGAAAGAGGAGUUUGUUUUAAGGCUUGACCCCCGGCUCUGUGCAGCAGAGUGAAGCCGGGCAGCCUCAUGCCAGGCGUCUGAGCGAGGCAGCAGCCAGCCGUGCCCGGGGGAUUCGUGUGCCCAGCUCAUGGCUUCGGUGCUGAUGUGCGGGGUGGAGGAUCUGCUGCUGGGCGGCAGCCGCCUGCUCUGGACGGUGACGGUGGCAGCGCUGCGGCGGUGCUACGCGGCCCGGCUGCGGGCGUGCCGGCAGGCGCUGCGAGCCUGGUGUGGCCUCCGCGAUGUCUACCAGAUGACCGAGGGCCGGCACUGCCAGGUGCAUCUCCUCGAUGACAGGAACUUGGAGCUGCUGGUUCAGCCCAAACUAUUGUCUCGGGAGUUACUGGAUCUGGUGGCCUCACACUUCAACCUGAAAGAAAAGGAGUAUUUUGGGAUAACAUUUAUCGAUGACACAGGUCAGAGUGUCUGGCUGCAGCUGGAUCACCGUGUCCUGGACCAUGACUUGCCCAAGAAACCAGGGCCAGCAACUUUGUACUUUGCCGUUAGGUUCUACAUUGAAAGCAUUUCCUUUCUCAAGGACAAAACUACAGUGGAGCUGUUUUUUCUGAAUGCCAAGUCCUGUGUACACCAGGGGCAGAUCGAGGUGGACAGCGAGACCGUCUUCAAGUUGGCCGCCCUGGUGCUCCAGGAAGCUAAAGGGGACUAUUCCAGUGAUGAGAACACUAGAAAAGACUUGAAGACACUGCCUGUCUUUCCUACCAAGACACUGCAGGAGCAUCCAUCACUUGCUUACUGUGAGGACAGAGUAAUUGAGCAUUAUACACAAAUCAAAGGUCUGACCAGAGGACAAGCCAUUGUUCAGUACAUGAAAGUGGUAGAAGCUUUGCCAACAUAUGGAGUUCAUUACUAUGGAGUAAAGGAUAAACAAGGAAUCCCGUGGUGGCUUGGAAUAAGUUACAAAGGAAUUGGCCAGUACGACUUACAAGACAAAGUUAAGCCCAGAAAACUAUUUCAAUGGAAACAGCUGGAAAAUCUCUAUUUCCGUGAGAAGAAGUUUGCUGUGGAAGUGCACGAUCCCCGCAGAAUUUCAGUGUCAAGAAGGACCUUUGGUCAGAGUGGGCUGGUGGUGCAGACCUGGUAUGCAAACACUUCCCUGAUCAAGUCCAUCUGGGUGAUGGCAAUCAGUCAGCACCAGUUUUACUUGGACAGGAAGCAAAGCAAAGCAAAAAUUCCAUCAGCCAGAAGUUUGGAUGAUAUCGCCAUGGAUCUGACAGAGAUGGGAACUCCAAAAGUGUCAAAGCUGGUGACUUUGGAGGCCAAGAACCAGCUUAUUAUGGCCAGCAAUGGCAGUUUGAUCUCAUCAGGUUCACAGGAUUCAGAGGUCAGUGAAGAACAAAAGAAGGAGAAAAUUAUGGAACUAAAGAAAAAAGAGAAACUCCUUCAGGAAAAACUGCUUCAGAAAGUUGAGGAGCUGAAGAAAAUCUGCCUGCGAGAGGCGGAGCUGACAGGGAAGAUGCCCAAGGAGUAUCCCCUGGGUGCUGGAGAGGAGCCUCCCCAGGUGAGGCGGCGCGUUGGCACGGCGUUCAAGCUGGAUGACAACCUGCUCCCCAGUGAGGAGGAUCCUACUUUGCAGGACUUGGAGAGCAAUUUUAUCAUACACCAAAAGCUGGUGGAAGCUGCAAAGAAACUUGCCAGCGAGCCAGACCUCUGCAAAAACGUGAAGAAGAAAAGAAAGCAAGAGUAUGCUGAUGCUGUUAAAAAGCUGCAAGAGAUAGAAAACUCCAUAAAUGAAUACAGAAUCAAGUGUGGCAAAAAACCAACCCAGAAAUCAACUCUGGCUCUACCAGAUGAUAUCAUUCCAUCCGAGAGCAGCUCCCUGUCAGACACAACCACCUAUGAUGAUGUCAGUGAAUCCCUUCCUGCAGCAGCACAGAGACCCAGCUCUGCACAGCUUUCUCCAAGACUUCCCCCACCAAAGUCCCUUGGCGUGGAGAGAAUUCAUCUCAGGAAGUCAUCCGUAAAUGAGCAGCUCUUGGAAAGCAGACACUCCAGGGACGUGCUCUCGACGCACAGCAGCCCUUUCCGCACGCUGGAGCGGCCGGCGCAGCCCCAGGGCGGGAGGAGCAUGCCCACCACCCCCGUGCUCACCCGCAACGCCUACAGCAGCAGCCACCUGCAGCCAGAUGUUUCCCCACACCACUGCCGGCAGCGCAGCGGAAGUCUGGAAUCCCAGACCCACCUGCUGUCCGAGACUCCUGCAGAAAAGCCAGCCUUCUCCCUCUCCAAGUCCCAGCGGAGCAGCAGCACAGAGAUCCUGGACGAUGGAUCAUCCUACACCAGCCAGUCAAGUGCAGAGUAUUACUGCGUGACACCCACUCCCAAUCCCUAUUACACCACUCAGACUCUCGACAACAGGACCAGGGGUCGAAGACGGUCCAAGAAACACAACAUUUCUGCUGCAAGUUCAGGAAGCAUGCCAAACCUGGCCCAUAAGGACGUCCGCAGUGGUGUCUUCCACAAAAACCAGGAGCAGCCUUCCUCCAGUUACUAUAUUUCUGGAUACUCCCCGUACACUGAGCCUGACGUUUACUACAACGGGGGCUACGUUUACGAGAGUGACACGGAGGGGCAGUACAGUGUCAACCCCUCCUACCGCUCAUCGGCACAUUACGGAUACGAGCGGUACAGGGAAUUCCGCUCCUACCACGAGGACGAGGUGGACAGAGUUCCACACAACCCCUACGCCACCCUCAGGCUCCCCAGGAAGCAAGUUGCUAAAACGGAGCACAUAACCAAAAACAUUCACAAGGCCUUAGUAGCAGAGCAUCUCCGGGGCUGGUACCAGCGUGCCUCCGGCCAGAAGGAGCAGGGUCACGGCCUGCAGGCAGGCUUUGAGUCUGACAGAGGAUCUCAGAGGAGUUUGGGCUUUGCUGGUCUGCAGACGCCGUGCUCUCCAAGCAGUCGGGUGUCGUCUUUCUCUUCGGCAUCUUCUACAAACACUGCUGGGAACUGGAGAACCCCCCUUGCACUGGGAAUUUCAGACUACGAUACGUUGUCUCAUUCCUCCUACGCCAGCUGUUAUGGGAAUGUUUAUGGCAACCUUCCUUUGCAGAGCAGGACCUACGUGGAGCCGAGCCAGCUGGGAGGGGAGGAGGAGGAUGGCUUGGAGGCAGAGCUGCCCAGCAGUGAGCAGAGGCUGUUCUGGCACGAGGACUCCAAGCCCGGGACGCUGGUGUAGCCCCCGAGCAGCCCCUCGUUCCUACCCCUGCGUGCCUUGCACAAAACGCCGCGACAAAACGCCGAGGAGGACCUCGGGUGGAACUUGCAAAAGGAACAAAAGGAGGAAGCAGGCUGUUCUGCUGGGAAAGGUGGAAUUCAGCAUUAAGAGGGACUGUAGCAAACUGACAAAGUCUUACCACGAAUGGCGUUUCUUUGUGAAUCCGUACAGCCCAGGGCAAGCCACAGUUCAUCUACGACCAGAUGCAGCACUUGGUUGAAGUAUUUAUACUGAGCAAGCACUUUUUGGGAAGGUUGGAAGGUCUUGAAGGCAAACCUCAGAGAUAAAAAAAAAAAUGUGAAAAGGAGACUCUUAUGGAACAACCAGGAAUUCUAGGAGCACAAGUUUGAUGUCUGAAAGAAGAAGAAAAAAUGAAAAUUUAUUCUGCCAUGGCUUAUGGGGACCUGGAAGAGUUUUCAUAGGCUUAUGAAGGAUAGAUCUGUGUGUGUGAGUGAGGCAAGGGGUGACUGAGUCAGUAUUGGAACAUUACUUGAAGGAAGGCUGGAGUUUUUUUGUUAUGGAGGUUUGAAUGAGUCUGUCCAGUUUUUGGGGUGUUGUUAAGAGUGUUUGUUAGCACCACGAGCAAGUUCUGGAAAGAAAAAAAAAUUUGCUGAUGCAUACAUCAUAUAAAACUAAUAGCUCGUUGUCAGUUUGAAAACAGAAGCAGUGAACUUCGAAUUCUCUUUUCCAUGAUAAAACAUAAUUAUUAACGGCCCAUUUAAUGACCUUUCCAUGGUACAACUUCACUGUGUGGAGGAGUAGGCAAAUUGUCACCGUGGCUGCACGGUGACCCUGUUCAGCGGGCGACAGUGACACAUUGCUGUGCCACAGUGGGUCAAGGACCCACCGUGGGGAGCCCCAGGGAGUAAUUUGGUAGCAGUGGCCAGUAUUUUAAGGUGAUGCAAACACAAACAGCCAAGUGGGUGCCUUAAAAUGAGGGGCAUUAGACAAGCGAGUCACCUGAACUGCCAGGUGCGUUGCAAAGUCACUGAGUGACAGAACAGCGUUUUCACAGAACCAUUUGUGUAGGAAAAAACCACGUGACUGCAGUCUUGGUUUAAGAGGGAUAAACCUACCUCAGGUCAUCCGUCUGUAGGAACAAACUGGCACAGGGUUAUCCUGCCUGAUUCCUGAUGACUCGUCUGCAUAUGGUAAAUUCUCUCUCGUUUCUCAGCUGUACUGUGCUUCAGGAUUCCAGAAAUGGUGCUCUUUUGUUCUUUUAUACAGAAGAUUAGUUACUCCUUGUUCAUAUUGUGAAUAGAAAGGUUUCUGAUAAACUUUUUUGACGUUUUUUACCAGUAUUCCAGAGCAUGUAAUAUAUACAGAAGGACACACUUGUUAAGCUGGUACUUAGUUGUUUGUAUUAUUAGAGUCGCAAUUUGGAAUUAAACGAACAAAAACAAAAUAAAAAAUAACUUAUUUCUUUGGUUUUGCAUAUUUGUAUAGCCUUCUAGAAAUGCGAAAGCUCUUUUUGCUUAUUCUUUUACUACUCCUGAAUUUUUUAGACCUAUUAUUUUGUAUAGGUCAAUAAACUAAAA